GAGUCCCCAGCUGUUUUUUUUGUUUUGCUCGUUUCUUCAGUUCCUACUUCCCAGUGAGAUCAGCUUCAGUGAGAGCAAAAUCCGUUCGAACAUUAUUCCAACAGCCUUGUACAUCGGUAAUAUCUCUGUUCGAAUGGACUAUGACUGAAUCCUGUUUCCUUCCCUGUGCGCUGUGCGGCAGUGCCUAGUAGUUCCCGGCUUACUCGCUUUUAUUCCUUUUUUUUGUACCCCUGCCCCACUCCGGUUUGAGGUAUCAGCUUUCAACUGUUAGAAAAAACCGUUCCCCAGAAAAAAGAAAAAAACUCGCAGAUUUUUUACUCAGGCACGUUAAUUCUGCCACGAUUAUUUGCAUCACUUUAGAUCGCCGCAUUGAACAUGAAGAUUGGGAGAAUUAAUCCCAAUAGGCCUUCGUCAUCGCAUCUCCUUAAAAAAAAAAAUUGUUCGAAAAAUGUUCCACGUUUCCUCUGCUUUCAACUUUGAUCUUCUCUCUCUCUCUCCUAAGUCUGAAAGAAACAUCUAUAAAGAGAAGUAGAGAACUGCGUGAAUCAUUAACGCUUUUCUAGUUCUGUACUUGGAGCUCCAUACAAUCUAUUUCACUCUUGACUAACUCCAUGCUUCGUCUUGUUCUUCUGUUUCUAUCUGCACCUCCUUGUAUUUGGGUGAGAUUUUAGUAUUGGGGGUGGAAGAAUUUGUGUUCGUGCGGAGAAAUGGCGGCAGUGGCAGAAGGGCCGCUACCGUAUGAAGUGUCCAGUGAGCAGAGCUCUUCUAAGCCUACGGAUGCGGUGUUGUUCGUGGGGAUCUGUUUGGUGUUGGGCAUAGCAAGUAGGCAUCUGCUUCGGGGGACUAGAGUUCCUUACACCGUUGCCCUGCUCAUUCUUGGCAUUGGCCUCGGAUCAUUAGAAUAUGGUACUAGUCUUCGAUUGGGAAAAGUUGGGGAUGGCAUUCGUCUUUGGGCAAAUAUUGAUCCUGACCUUCUCUUGGCUGUUUUUCUUCCGGCUCUCCUUUUUGAGAGUUCCUUCUCAAUGGAAGUGCACCAGAUAAAGAGAUGCAUUGUACAAAUGGUUCUGCUUGCUGGUCCAGGUGUUCUAAUUUCAACUUUCUGUCUGGGAUCUGCUCUGAAGCUUGUUUUCCCAUAUAGUUGGAGCUGGAAAACAUCAUUAUUGCUAGGGGGCCUUCUUAGUGCUACUGACCCUGUUGCUGUCGUGGCUUUAUUGAAAGAGCUUGGUGCAAGCAAAAAACUGAGUACAAUAAUUGAAGGAGAAUCAUUGAUGAAUGAUGGGACAGCUAUUGUGGUAUAUCAGCUCUUCUAUCAAAUGGUGCUUGGUGAGACUUUUAACGUGGGGACUAUAGUCAAAUUCUUAACUGAAGUUUCCCUUGGAGCUGUAGGUAUUGGACUUGCCUUUGGAGUAUUAUCCGUUCUUUGGUUGGGGUUUAUUUUCAAUGACACGGUAAUAGAGAUUACACUGACACUUGCUGUGAGCUAUUUGGCAUAUUUCACUGCUCAAGAAGGGGUUGAUGUUUCAGGUGUCUUGACAGUGAUGACUCUAGGAAUGUUCUAUUCUGCAGUUGCAAGGACAGCUUUUAAGGGUGAAGGCCAACAGAGCUUGCAUCAUUUUUGGGAAAUGGUUGCAUACAUUGCCAAUACUCUAAUUUUCAUCUUAAGUGGAGUUGUUAUAGCUGAAGGUGUUCUGAACAACGAGAACCAUUUCCACAACCAUGGAGCUUCAUGGGGAUACCUUAUUCUUCUCUAUGUUUUUGUCCAAAUCUCCCGCGCCUUAGUUGUUGGAAUAUUGUAUCCCUUUUUACGGUAUUUUGGGUAUGGUCUGGACUGGAAGGAAGCCACUAUUCUUACAUGGUCAGGUUUGAGAGGGGCUGUUGCAUUGUCACUAUCACUAUCAGUUAAGCGUGCCAGUGACAAAUCAUAUUUUCUAAAUCAGGAUACAGGGACUCUGUUUGUUUUCUUCACUGGUGGCAUCGUCUUCUUGACACUCGUUCUGAAUGGAUCAACUACACAGUUUAUUUUACAUUUCUUGGAAAUGGAUAAGCUAUCACAGGAAAAGAGGCGCAUAUUGGACUAUACAAGGUAUGAAAUGAUGAACAGGGCACUAGAAGCUUUUGGUGACCUUGGGGAUGAUGAAGAACUAGGACCCACAGACUGGCCUACAGUGAAAAAAUAUAUUACAUGCUUAAAUAACCUUGAGGGGGAACAAGUGCACCCCCACAAUGUGACUGAAAGUGAUAAUAAUCUGGAUAUUAUGAAUUUGAAGGACAUAAGAGUACGCCUCUUAAAUGGUGUUCAGUCUGCUUACUGGGGGAUGCUUGAUGAAGGAAGAAUAACUCAAACUACAGCAAAUCUUUUGAUGCAAUCAGUUGAUCAAGCAAUUGAUUUAAUAUCUCACGAGUCUCUAUGUGACUGGAAAAGUCUGAAAGAUCAUGUUCAUUUUCCAAGUUAUUAUAAGCUCCUCCAGACGACCUUUUGUCCUCAAAAGUUGGUAACAUAUUUCACAGUGGAAAGGUUAGAGUCUGCGUGUUAUAUUUGUGCUGCAUUUCUCCGUGCACACAGAAUUGCAAGGAGGCAACUACAUGAGUUCAUUGGUGAUAGUGAAAUUGCUUCAAUUGUCAUUAAUGAAAGUGAGUCAGAAGGAGAGGAAGCAAGAAAGUUCCUGGAAGAUGUUCGUGUUACAUUCCCUCAGGUUUUGCGUGUUUUGAAAACAAGACAAAUAACAUAUUCAAUUUUGAAGAAUUUGAGUGAUUAUGUCCAAAAUCUUGAGAAAGUUGGGUUAUUGGAAGAAAAAGAGAUGUUUCAUCUUCAUGAUGCUGUGCAGACUGACUUGAAAAAACUUUUAAGAAAUCCUCCUUUAGUGAAGAUGCCAAAGAUGAGUGAUUCACUAAGCACCCAUCCUUUGCUCGGAGCACUUCCCUCUAUGGUCCGUGAACCUCUUGAGGGUUCUACAAAAGAAAUAAUAAAAUUACGUGGUUUCACACUCUACAAAGAGGGAUCUAAGACAAAUGGAAUUUGGCUUAUUUCAAAUGGAGUUGUGAAGUGGACAAGUAAGAGUUUAAAAAGUAAGCACUCGCUGCAUCCAACAUUUUCACAUGGAAGUACGCUUGGCCUAUACGAAGUGCUAACUGGAAAACCAUAUAUCUGUGACAUAAUCACAGAUUCUGUGGUGCACUGUUUCUUUCUUGAAACUGAAAAGAUACUUUCUUUGCUCAGAUCAGAUCCUUCAGUAGAAGAAUUCUUGUGGAAGGAAAGUGUAAUAAUCAUAGCAAAACUCAUGCUUCCUCAAGUAUUUGAGGAAAUGGCUAUGCAAGAACUAAGAGCUCUUGUUGCAGAAAAGUCAAUGAUGAACACAUACAUAAGGGGAGAAACUAUAGAAAUACCACACCAUUCUGUUGGAUUUUUAUUAGAAGGGUUCAUAAAAACCCAAGAUGUCCAAGAAGAACUGAUUACAUCUCCAGCAGCAUUAUUGCCAUCAUAUGGAGAUAUAAGCUUUCUUGGUAUGGAAACAUCAGGUACCAAGACUUCAAGCUUCUAUCAUCAAGGAUCGUGGUAUCAUGUUGAGACAAGGGUGAGAGUAAUGUUUUUUGACAUGACAGCAUUCGAGACCGAAGUGAAUCUUUUAAGGUCUGCCUCAUGGGUCUCACAUUCAGUUGAACCCCCCAGAUGUCAAAGUAGAGAACAUUGUGGUCUUAUGAGUUGGCCUGAUCAUUUCCACAACCCAAGACAACAUCCAAAUGGAAAUCAUCAACAAGAAAACAACUUGUCUGCAAGAGCAAUGCAACUGGGCAUCUUUGGCAGCAUGGUAAGCAACAUCUAUAGACGUGCUCGGAGCUUUCCAAGGAGUUUUCUGUCUAAACCAUCACACAGCCUGUCAUAUCCAAGAGUUCCAAGUAGAAUACAUUCUCAUCCGCUUGUUUCUGUCAAAUCUGAAGGAGCUGCUACUGUGACCAGGAGCCUCAGAGUGAAAGAUUCAAGGGGACCAAAUACUAUUCCCCCACUACCAAGUAAGAAAACAGAUGAGAGUCAUGUAAUAGAUGAUUCAAGUGAUGAAUCUGGUGCUGAUGAUGAACUCGUUGUGAGAAUUGAUUCCCCUAGCAGACUCUCUUUUCGCCAGGCUUCAUAAAUUCAUUUUUUUCUUUUGGAGCCUAAAAAAGAAUCAAAAUUAUAAUUCAUCUGAAUUAUUAUAAUAUAGUGUACUGUUCUUACGUGUAAAUAGUGAACCAAAUAAGACAGACUGAAAAAUGCCGUUUCAUAUGUUAUUAUCUAAUUGACUCUACGUUGUAUGAGUUAAAUGCAUCAUGUAAUAUAAGCUUUUUGCUUAGCAAAAUUGAAU